AUGGAAUGGUUUGUACCAUUAAUCUUCGUCUGCAUUCUUUUCCAGACAAGCGACUGUUCUCGAUUGAAGAAAAACGCAGCUUCGCAGAAUUACAUCGUGGAAACCAGAAGGGCCAGACUUCGAAGAGAACUGCUUGAAGCUCUAGACGAACUGGGAAGUCUUGAUGAAGGUGAACUCAGUGGGGAUCUUAGAUUAUGGCAAGGCAAACCGUUCGUGAAAAGGCGUAACAAAUUCGAAUUUAUAAGGUUUGGGCGGUAA